GUCAAAAGUGAGUUAUGAGGUCAAAAGUUGUAGGUGCUUUACACGUGUUCUGUUUAAUGUCGACCUUAUAUGUUGUAAAUGGGCUUAUUGGGCUCCAAAAUGGGGUACUGAUUUUGCCUCACAGGCUUAAAUAAGAUCGGUUUGUUGCCAAAAAAUAUUAAAAAGUAAUAGCCGUUUGCGUUUUCCCCCUUAGUAUCCCAUUUAUUAAGGCCGAUCGAGAGAAAUUAGGGUUCUAACAUUCUAAAAAAGCUCGGAUCUUGUUUCCAAAAAAGCUCGGAUCUUUGUUUCCAAAAAGCUCGGAUCUUGUUUCAUUUUGUCUCGCACAAUGGAUAAAUCGCAGAAAAAGCCUAACAAAAUCUCAGACUCGAAUAAACCAUAUUACUCGGAGGUAGCGGCUGGUCUUAUGACCAGUCUCAAGGACUGGGAAAGAAUUCCCAAGGCAUAAAAGAGCCGAUACAAGCCCUUAUACGUCCUAAGGGACUGGGACUCGGGUAUGUGGAUGAUGAUAUGCUCGUGCCUCCUCCACCUCCUCAUAUACCUCUUCUUGCACCUGCACCUGAACCAGAAUUGGUGCCUCUUUUACCUGAUAUAGCUUCACCUAAAGUUGUAGCUGAAGCAAAAGGGCCUCCCAACGAUGAUGAGAGAACAGAGAUUAUCCAAGCAGAAGCACGCAAGGCUUGGGAAGAGUUAGUUUCUACUGUGCGAGGUAGAGAGUUUUGGGGACCCGAACCCUUAAAGCAGGAGACGCCCGCUGAAGAUGAUGUUCUUAUCAAUAACCAUACCAUGGUUUGGGGUUCAUAUUGGAAAGAUCACAAAUGGGGGUUUGGUUGUUGUAAAAAUUUCACUAAGGAGAGUUUCUGUCAACCUCCUGAGUGUAACUCUGACUUCCCUGCUUCUACUUUCAGUCAUGAGUUUACCCAUCAAAUACAGAUUGGUGCAAACACACAAAUGAGAAAAAGGAGGAAGAGCAGAGGUGUUAAGAAAGAGCAAGAAACACAGAUUGUUGCCGCCACAGCCUGUGCAAGGUUUUCACCUGACGGAAUGCAUCUUGCUUCUUGUUGCUCGUUUGAUGCUUUCAUAAAGAUUUGGGAUUACUCAACUGGAAUCUUGAAGAUGUCUUUCCAAGACCAAACUGAAGAUGAUCAUCUCCUCUGUAUUGAGUUUAGUCAAGAUUCCAAAAGGCUUGCUUCUGGUUCAAAAAAUGGUAACAUCAAGCUCUACAAUACAAUAACCCGUGAGCUACUAAGCAGCUCAUUGGACCACAAAGCGAGAAUACAUGAUUUGGGCACUUUGGAAAUGACGAAAGAGUUCUCAGGGCAUAGUGAUUCCGUUAAUUGUGCAAUCUACUUCUCAACCGACAGAAUACUCACAGCCUCACAAGAUUGCACAGUAAAAGUGUGGGAUCCAAAAACAACCACGUGUCUAAUGACAAUUGAACCAGCACUUUCUUUGAACAAGAAAAGAGCCCCUGUCAACUCUAUUCAUAUGUUGCCCACAGAGUUAGGAAAAGUCCUUGUUUGCAGCAAGACUUCAUCACUCUCAAUCAUUGACUGCUUUCAAGGAAAGCUUGUGAGGACCUUAACUUCCAAGGUUCAAGGAAGUGCAUUCAUUGCCGCAUGUGUAUCUCAGAAAGGAAACUUCAUAUAUGCAGUUGGUGAAGACGGCAUGGUCUAUUGUUUUGAUUAUAAGACGGGGGAAUUGAAGCAUCGGCUAGAGGUGAAAGGAGUAAGUGUAUCACACCAUCCAUGUAGAAAUUUAAUUGUCACCUGCAGCAAAACAAGCUCCUUAAAGCUUUGGAGUGGGUGGAGGAGGUGAUGAAUGGAUGACACGUGAUGGAGAUUGUUUGUAAAGAGGUGAUGAAUGGAUCGCUGAUGAUAGGGAGAUGAUGUUUUUUUUGUGUGUAUUCUUUUUUCUUGAAAUUCUAGUGGUUAAACGUGUAUAGAACGUGUCAGCCCAUUCUGAUUUUUGUCAAAAACUUUAUUCAUUUCUUUUAAUAAAGUUCUAGGUGUUAAGAAUAAGAUGCAUUUGUAUCUAACAUCUCAAACCUACAAUGAAUCUAUGUAACACUGGGUACACAUA